AUGUCGGCUCGUGAUCGUUCGGGAUCCAUAUCGCUGUCGCCACGCAACAUCAUUCCAGUUUGCUCGCAGUUGUCGCCGUCGCAGGUCUCCGUCAUCCGUAGAUCAUGGAGACACAUUAACACCAAAGGACUCAUCACUGUUCUGACUCGUUGCUUCUCAAGACUCGAAUCCAACUGUCCAAUUGCGUCCCAAUGCUUCCAAUCGGCCACCUAUUCCCUCUCAACCAACCCAUGUGGAGUUCGUACCGUCGCUGAUCAUGCCAAGUAUCUCUUGCAGCUUCUCGACAAAAUCAUCGAGGGAGACGUGUGGGAUCGAUUCCAGGAAAUCAUGGUCGAGGUAAUUCUGAAGCAAGACGGUGUCAAACAGAGCAAAGAGGCCACUCGUGCAUGGCGAUUGCUCAUCUGCUCGUUCAUCGAGCUCAUCCGCGACGGUUUCGACGCGCAAGUCCGUCAAUUUCGACGAAAACACUCGUUCAACGCACACGUUCAGUACUUUGAGAACAUUGAGAAGCGCGUCGGUGUUUGCCCAAAUCGCAAAAUCUCACUCAACGUCGAUCCGCGGACACCACAAAACGGCGUUCGCAAGUAUUCCCAAUACUGA